GUGGCGAUGUAAUUGUGAAGAGUGUAUGAAGUGGAUGGAUAACAAUUACCAAUCAAUAUAAACAAUGCCAGAUAUAGCAUAUGAUGACAUGGCCAGUAGUGUGUUGGCCAAUCUUGAGUCUAGUGUUAGGAAUGAGAAUGCAGUUAAUUCUGAUCUUAUAGAUAAGUUUAUACCUACAAUCAGUUCAAGUAGUGGCAUACAAGAGUUUUUAACAGUAAUAAAUGAAUUACUAAUAAAGGAAAAUUAUUAUCAAAUUGAUCCUAAACAAAUAGUUAUUGAGUUACUUGAGAAAUUUCUUUCAUUUCUUUCAUUUUCGGACAUUUUAGCCAUCUAUCCAUCACAAUAUAUUGUUGAUAAUUUACUUAAUAAUAGAAAUAUAAUUGUUAAUAAAUUAAUAUUACAAUUAAUUAAUAAUAAAUUAAAUGAAUCAGAUACUGUUGAAUUUCUUAAUAAUAAUAAUAAUAAUAAUAAUAAUAAUAAUAAUAAUAUCAAUUCUGAAUCAUCUAUAUUAUAUAAAUUAAUUGAAAUUUAUUUAACUAAUAAAGAAUUAGAUUUACUGAUAGUUAAUCAAAUUGAAUCGAUUAUACAAAAUUUAAUUGAUUAUAAAUUGACUGAUCAUAUAAAUCAAAUACUUAAUUAUUCAGAAUUAUAUGAUCGAGUUCGAGCUAAUGAAAAUGAUACAUUAUUAUUAGCUAGAUUUCUUGAUUUUAUAUUAAUACUUAUACCAUUUAUUAUACAAACUAAUCAAGAGAAAUCAUUAAAUAAAAAUUAUUAUACUUAUAAAUUUGAUAAAUUUAAUCAUGAUCCAUUAUUCCUUAUAUUAUUAAUUCAAUUCUAUGAAAAAUUAAUUUCAAAAGUAAUUAUAAAUUGUCAAUCAUAUGAUUCAUGUUAUAUCUUUAGUAAUAUUGAAUUAUUACUUUAUCAAUUAUUUGAAAGUUAUCAACAAGAAAAAUUUGAAGAUUAUAUUAAUGAUGAAAUAAUUAAUAUAUUAAUUAAAUUAUCUUAUAUAGAUUCUAAAGAUAAUAAUCAAAUUAAUUUAUUUUUUAUUAAUUCAAUUGAACAAUUAAAUUUAAUUAAAUCUUAUAAUUUAUUAAAGAUUUAUGAAUAUAAUUCAUGUGAUUUAAGAUUAUUAUCAAAAUUUAAUCCAUCAUUAUUAAUUCAAUUUAAUCCUCAAAUAUUUGAAGAAAUUAUAAGUAAUUUAAGUUUAUUAUCUAAUAAAUUAUAUUUCCCAAUCUUAUUAAAUAUUAUUGGUUCAUCACAAUUAUUUAAUAAAUUAAUUAUUGAAACUACAUAUUUAAAAUCUUCUACAUUAUCAAGACUUUCAAUUGAUAGAUUAUUUGAUAUAUUAAUUGAAAUAUCUAAAUAUGAUCAUUCUAAAUUAUAUCUAUUUAAUAAUUUACCAACAAUAUUAAAUGAUUUCUUAAUAUCAAAUAAUAAUCAAUUUAUUAAUAAUGAAUUAUAUCAUUUAAAGAUAAAUAUAUUAACAAAUUUAUUACAAGAUUUACCGGAUGAUAAUAUUUGGAAAUCUAAUUUAUCUGUAUCAUUAACUGAAUUAAAAUAUGGAAAGAAAUUAACUCCCAAAGUUGAUGUGGUUGAUGAAACAGGAUAAUUAUAAUUAACUA